AUGGAGAUUGAUUGCCUCCUGCUUUCACUUGCUUUGUGUGGGUUUGAUGUAGAGAGUAUUGUAUUAAAGAGUUCAGAGACUUCGUGUUCUGCUCAAAUCGAAGGUUCAACAACUAGGUGUCUCAUCGCCUUUGCUGUUAUUGUUGAUCUUACAAUUGUUAAUUGUGCACUUGUUGCUGUUUCAAUUGCGGAAUUUAGGUCACUAGAUGUGUUCUCUAAUUUCUAA